ACGCCCGCCGCCGCGUCAGUCGGGUGUUUAGCGCGCCGAGCGGCGGGGGCGCGUCAGGGCUCAGCGAGGGGUUGCACGGGGGGAGGGGAGGCGCGUGUAUUGAUUAUAUCCCAGGGCGGGCGGGCGGGCGCGCGGUUGCCUGGCAACCAGACAAGAGGCCUCGUGCCGCCCAUGUCAGGCUGAGAUGCGCUGACGAGUGGACGCGAGCGGAGUGCGACGCUGCGACAUGGCGAUCGGCAGCAAGUCCAGCCGAGACGGUCUGGUCGCGGGAUGCGCGACGUGCGACGGAGGGACUGCAGGAGACAGCCCCGCCAGCUCGGAGCCCGGCGCGACCCCAGCGAGGAAGGCGGUGGGGCUUACCAAGGUGCGACUCGAGGACUGUCUGCGGUGUGACGCCUGCUCCUGCAUCUACCUGGACCAGAGCGACUACGACAAGCACAUGAACAACUUCCACCGCCACGACUCGCCCAAGAAGCUCAGGCAGAGGAGAGGCUGCAGGUCUUGCUGCAGACACUGCAACUGCCGGGGCGACCACCAGCACCAGGGGGUGCGCAAGGAGCGAGGCAACAACAACCUCUUCCACUACAACAUCAAGGACCGCUGGACCAAGAUGCUGUCGCGGAGGCUGCAGCCCGGCGAGGUGAAGCGGGAGGUGAAGCCGGACCCCGACGACUGUCCCUCGGUGGACCUGAGCCACCUGCUGAGCCAGGUCGAGGUGAAGAUCAAGACGGAGCCCCUGGAGCAACAAGAGGCCGGCCAGUGAAGAGAGGAGGCACGCAGGAACGCUUCAUCCGGUCUCCGCGCGCCGCUAAGUGCUUCCGGCUCCUAUGUGGUCACGUCACUCGGCAGGAAGUUGAAACACCCAAGAAAAAAAAAAGGGGGUUGUCUGUCGGUUUACGGACGAUAAUUUUACGUGAUAACGUCAUAAGAAAACAUUGAUGAAAAAUUGCAUACUUUUAUGAAUUGAAUUGACUUAUUAUCACUGAAUUAUCAUUAUUUUGUAUAAUAAGAAGGAGUUAAUUUGAAAUUACAAUUUUUUUUUUCAUUGAAGACUAAAUAAAAGUAGUUGGUAGGUUGUGUGCUGCCGCUGUCUCUCUUCUACUCGGACGCAUCGGCCGAUGGAGUGGAAGAGAGACAGAUGCGUCACAAGCCGAUCGUGCCUCGCUAUCGCUUGUUCCGCGCUCUCGCUUGCACGCUCGGCUCAGGCGGAACGUGACUAUGAGUCGUGCUUUUUCCGUGCGUGCAGCCGGCGUUCAUCGAUUUUUAAGACGUUAUCACGUAAAAAAAAAGACAUAAGACACGCUAGUUUUUUUUAUUCAGUAGGCCUACGUCAUGUCAUUUUGAGACCAACGAAAUGUCAGUGUUUGAACUAAUAUAUAUAAUCUAGUCAUGCAACUAUUUUUUUGUUUCCACAAUAACACAAGAAAAAAAGUGUCUAAACGAUGUUAGAUAGUAUAAUUUUAUUUAUUUAUAUUUACUUAGUCAAUUUUAAAGUGAGUGUUUAGCAAGUACCUAUGUAUAGCUGCAAUCAUGUAGAUGGUAUUGCAAUUGAAACAUGAAUUUCCGCAGGGAAGUACUUAACUUUCGAGCCACCCACAAUGAUUUACAACCACCCCUACGUUAACGAUAUUAUUGCAAUACUAAAGGGUCCAUGUCCUGAUUUGUUUUUGAUUACUAGGAAUAUAUGAGGAAGCGUUAAGGGCGACAUUGGAACGUGCAUAUAAUGUCCAUUCGUCUUUACGUGCAAGGCAGGGAGAUGGAGAAAGGUUUUCUCGUCAGGGCACUUAAGGCCCCCCGCCCACCCGGGCACACACGCGGUGUGCAGAGCUUCAGGAAAAACAACGCGAUUUCAAAACUACUCGAUAUAUCCUAGUGGGGUCUGCCUACGAAAAGCAUUUAAGAGUUCGCUGAGGGCCGAAAAGUACUUUUGAUUUCGGAUUAAGUUUUUAAACUGUAGUUUUAGAAGAGUCAAAAGUGCUAAAACGCAUGUUUUCAGAGUAAUUUUUAGGCGUAAAACAACCGGUACAGAUUCUUGAAAGCACUUAAGUGACUUGCAUUACAACUUUAUCUUAAUUUCUCCGCCAUAUAAUGUUACGGUCAUCGCUCAAAUGCCAUAGUAGUCCUGUGCACUGGGAGAAGACUGCGCACCAGUCCAGAGGAGACACCGCGCUAGAAGCACCAGCGAGCGUCGCGCUUAUCAUCCCGCCUCGCCGACACAGAUACGCCCCUGACGAGGCGGCCCCCUUAAAACCGUGUUCUUAGGCUGAAGUCACAAUAGAGCGACGCAAAGGACAGAAACAUUUUAUCACUUUAUUGUGAACCUGCUAUUUUUACUUUUUUACAUCAAUUACAAACGAGGACCCAUAUUUAAAUAUUUAUUCCCAUUAGGUACGUAAGCACCAAAUAUGAGACUGACAUCAAAUUAUACAGGUUAUUUGGAUCGUUCUUUAUUGCGAAUCUUAUAUCAAAGUUUAACUCAUAUUAUACAUAUAUUGGUUAUGGUACGGUUUCGCAUCACAAAAACAUUCAACUCCUUUCUUCAUUUUUAUAUUUUAGGUUAAAAUACAACUGGAUACGCAAUAAGGAACAAUACCCCUGAAACAACCCCCCCCCCCCCCCCCCCCAUUUUUUUUUCUUCUCAUUCCUGCGUUAGAACUAAAAAAAACCUGGAGACAUAACAAAAAUAAUCUUUUUCAUUCGGCAAAUGGCCUUUAAAGUUGGAUCAAUUAUAUUAUAUAAAAAGUUUUCACAUUUUUUAAUUGCUGCUGUAUGCACUCUUUAAAAAAUUAGACUAAGCCAUGUUUUGAUAAUGACUUUGAGACGGCAGAAAUGCGUUAAAAUAUUCUUUUAAGCAGAAUUUUUUUUUCAUGAUUUCGAAAUCACCAUUUAACACCACCCACAAAUUCUCCGGCCAUCCUCCCCUCCCAGAAAUUGGUAGCUAGAUCGCCACUGGAUUUCACAGAUAAAUUAUGUAAACAAAACCUAAAAUAAAUAAUCACAAAUAAUAAUAGUAGCAACACCAACGCACCAGUCCAAAUAUUUUUUAAAACAAAAUUGACGUUCAUUUCAGUAACAUCGCGCCCACGAAGCGAUGGAAAUAGAAAAUUUUUCUAAUCGGAAAAUCUGUCGCGCUUACGUCAGUGAUGUGUCGAAGGUGAUUCGUUACAGAAUUAUUUUAUUUGCGUCGCGUCCGCCUCUGCAUUGUGAUUUCAGCAUUACGACUUCAAUCGUUCGGAAGUGUGCAACGAAGGUACGAGUAUGCCACAAAGGGUGAAGUUUCGUGAACAUUGUUUUUUUUUUUUUUUUUUACAAUACAGCAGUGUUAAAUGUCAGAUUUGGCUACUUUAGAGAACUUUAAUUUUACCAGACGCAUGCAACGUAUCUGAAGAAUUCUUUUUUGGUGCGAAAAAUUUGAAAUAAGUUAAGCAAAUAAAACCUGGCUUACAAACACACUUAAGUGCAAUUCUUUAUGAUAGUACAGUGAAUUUUCUUUGCUUAUGAAUUAUACAUCAUAGAUAGGCAGUGUAUAAACAGAAGUUGAUGGAAUGCUUUCUACUGCCUCGAAACUGUUGUUAAGAGUAGGUGAUCAUAGUUUGAUGUAAAUCGGACCCGAAAAAGUAUUACUAGCUUAAUUCAUAAACAUAUUUUAAAUAAGUACUUAAUUAAAAUUAGUAUAUAGGUCCCCUAAAUAACAACUUAAACUAAAUUUAAAAAAUCCAAUUUAAAAUAAUCCACUGCUUGUACAUGAACCACUAUGGUAAAAUCACUGCUCCAAAAAUCAUUAGAAUUUUUUUUUUUUUUUUAAUAUAGGAGGCUGGCCCUUCUUCCAUGCCAGGCGUUGGGAACUGUCGGAUGGUUGUCAGUGACUGUGUGUAGUGUUUUCACGUAUCGAUAUGGUUUGUUAAUGUUUUGUGCAAUUAUUCUAGUCAUAUUGUCAUGAGUAAAAUUUUGUACUUUCAAGGUCUUGUAAUAAAUAAUAUAUAUAAAUGUUGUUUGAAUUUUCUCCUCUUUUUUUCUCUCCGUAUAACGAGUGAG